AUGAAGUUAAAAUUUGUCGAGCAAUGCAGAAGUCAAUAUGAAAAUUUAUUAUCAAAGCCUGAUAUAUCAAUGGAAGCAUGUAAAGUACUACAGAAAGAUAUUAUGAAGUUGACAAACUAUGAAUCACAUAUCGCUGAUACUUUCAUCAUGAAUAUGUGCUGUACUGAAAAAUUCAGUAAUGCAGGAAUAUCAUUUUAUAAAUUUCUACAGAAUUGUUAUAAACCUUCCAUAAUAACUACUGAAAGAUUCUUAUCUUUGUAUAAUUACAAAAAUGGUCCAAUUACAGAAGCAGAGAGGGAAUAUGUUUUGCAAGUGUACAAAGAACUUAGGCAAGAGUAUAAAACAUUGAGUGGAAAUCUAGCUGAAGCUUGUAUAACAGCCUUGUGUAAAGUAGGCGAGUGGGAGGAAUCUAUUGAAAUUAUAAAUACUUUUGAAAAGGAGGAUACAUCAGAAUUCCUUAUCUUGGGAUAUAGUGCAUUAAUAAAGUGUUUAUUAGAUCAAGGGAAUAUAGAGCUCAUGUUUAAAUAUUUGAUUAUUUGUUGUCAGAAGAGUUCCGGACUUCAACAUUAUGUAUGCUCAGCUUAUUUAAAAUAUUGUUUGAAGGAUAAGCAAACUUUUAAUACAAAUGUAGAAAAAUUAUUCUCAUUAUGGAGUAAAUGUGGGAAUGUAGCCUCUAUAGAUACAAUAAAUGAAUUUAUAGAUACAUGUAAUCAACUUGGUUGGACUGCACAGAUAACAAACAUAAGAUCGUCAGUAUGUAUGGCAUGUCGACAAAAAUUAUCAGGCCCAUCAUUAACAGAAGAAGAUUUCAAUAUUUUGUCACAUUCUUUAUUGGAAAAAUUAUUUAUUGACAGGCAAUAUCAGAAUACUGUUCCAGCAGAACUGAACAAUUUUAUGAAAUUCAUACAGGCAACGAAACCAUAUGAUGUUGUUCUCGAUGUAUUAAAUAUUUUGUGCAUGAGGCCACAAAACAAAGAAUAUAACAAGGACGCUUUGUUUCGAAUCCUUGAAUAUUUUAAGAAACAAAACAAGAAGGUACUUGCGAUUGGCCGACAUCAUUUACGAAGCUUGCCUUUUAUCCAAGCUGCAGCAAAAAAAGCAACAUUUUUCUUUGUGGAAAAUGUGUCAAACGAUGAUCCAUUUAUGUUAUAUGCAUCACUAACAAGUGGAAAGAAUACCAUCAUUGUAUCCAGGGACUUUAUGCGCCAACAUAGGUACGCCCUCCACGACGGACAUUUAAGUACCCUUUUUAAGAAAUGGCAAUAUACGCAGCAAUAUAUAUGUGUGCUUGGGAAGAAUGGCACAGUCAAAUUGACAGAGGUACACAGAUGUCAAAGCGAUCUUAAUUACUACUUCAACAGUGGUGCUCAGAAGCAUGGAAAUAGUUGGCAUAUACCUUUUAGUACAACAGGACUCACAAAACUGGACAAUGUAGGUCAUGGAAAUUGGGCUUGUUUCAGAAUAGGUUUCACCUCAUCGGAAUGUGCCGAUAGGUGUUAACUUUAUGAGUUGGAUAUGUCAAAAAAAAAA